UGAUGCGAGCAAUACGUCUGUCAGUCGCUUGAUAUCUACAGAGGACGCACCAUGACCGGGGAAAGAGAUGAAAAAUUAAACAGGAGAGUGACCUGGCCUCAAUGGAUCGCCGCUUUCGGAGUUCUUCUCCUGGUGACUCAAGUGGGAACAAUGGGAGCCUGGUCAUCUCCAUACGUUUCUCAAUUAACUUCGCCAGAAUUUCCAUUCCCGGUCACGAUGUCGCAAAUGUCUUGGGUAGUGUCGCUGCUCAACCUUGGAAGACUGUUCGGCGCGAUCGGUGGUGCGUCCUGCAUCAACUAUCUAGGCAGCAAAACGACAAUUCUGAUCGCCUCGAUGCCUAUGGCGCUCUGCUGGUUCUUCAUAAUCGUAGCUAACAGCGUCGAAUGGCUGUACGUUGCCAGAUUCUGCGGUGGUAUCGGCGUAGGAACGGCCUACAGCUGUUUCUCCUUCUAUCUCGGUGAAAUAGCCGAGACGAGUAAUCGAGGAGCUCUCGUAGCGUUGGCUACCAGCGGAGUACCAAUCGGAAAUCUCGUCAUGAGCAUCAUGGGAGCUUAUCUACCUAUGAAAACAACGGCCAUGAUUUCUUUAGCUCUCUGCGUGGUCUUGAUAGUUCUCUUCGUCUAUCUACCGGAGUCUCCGCAUCAUCUGAUCAAAAAGAAUCUAGACGAGAAAGCGAAGUCGUCGAUUCGAUGGUAUCAUCGCGACUGCGACGUAGAAUUGGAAUUCAUCGCGCUGAGAAAGUUCAUCGAGGACCUCGGUAAACAACGAUUAUCGAACCUUUUGAAGGAUCUACGGACUGUUCAUUUCCGCAAGUCGAUGCUCAUCGGCAUUGUACUUACCACGUACAAUCAGCUGUCGGGGAUUAACCACAUACUGUUCUACAUGGAGUCUAUUUUAACGUCAGCGAAGAUCAGCGUGAUAGAGCCAGCACAAGUGGUGAUUAUUGUGAUGGCGUUCGGGAUCGUUGGAUCGGGAGUGUCCAUGUUUCUGAUGGACAGAUGCGGAAGGAAAAUGCUGAUGGUCUUAUCGUGCAUAGGGGUGACAUUGUCCUGGUGUCUACUGACAAUCGAGUUCCAUUUAUUGAGCUUUGGUUACGAUCCAAAGUCCGUGGAAACAGUGUCAAUUGUCGCGAUGUGCACCUUCUACACGACAGUUUUCAUCGGUAUUCUGCCCGUUCCGCUGGCGAUGCUCAGUGAAAUCUUCGCGCCGCAUCUAAAAUGCGUCGCGGCGUGUCUCACGAGUAUCCUAGCUGGCGUUGUUUCCUUCCUCACAGCUUUCACGUAUCUACCGUUGCUGAGUGCCCUCAGCGAACGAUAUCUGUUCCUGUUCUACGCCCUGUUACUGGCCACCGCUAUACCUUUCACGAUAUUCUGCGUACCGGAGACGAAAGGACUCUCCCUGCAGGAGAUCCAGAGUAAGUUGGUGGGGAAGAAAUUUCAAGAAUAGAACACGAAGUGCGGUAACGAUAAGGAGAAGAUUCCUUGCAAACAAAUCAGAGGAUUGCACGUGAUCUCUGGUAAAAGUUGAGCUCUGUAGGAACAUGUAAAAAAUGUAAAUACUCGUUUGUUAAAUACGAUCAAAGGUGUGAGAUUCAUUUUGUAAAUUGAACGAAAUAUCGACUGUGAUAUUGAUAUCGAUAGAAUGAACGAAGAAAGAAAAAAGAAGAAGGAAUUGUUACUUCGUAGUAGCUGUGUAUAUAAAUACCUACAAAGACACCGAGAAAGCAGCUUUCUCGAGAAGAUCGUACCUCGGUCCAAGAGAUAUUUCAUUGGAACCGAUCUCUCGAAUAGCGCAUCUCGAAGAAUUUCCUAGUAAAUUCAGAAACGAAGAACGAAGGCCCCCAACGGAUAAUAGAAGAAAAGGUCGCGAUGCCUGUUGUUCUUUUGCCCCCGACGUCCUUCCCCUCUAUUCUUUCCUUAACCGAGAAACGAUGUAGCUAUUUCUCUUUGGGGCGGACAUACGCUGGCGUAACGUCCACGAUGGAACUCGGCCAGUUUCAUAUUUUACAAGACGAUAUUUCAGUCUGGACUGAGCUACGCCAACAACGUUAAAGGUGCCACGGUCCCAGGGCGGCACUGUUGAAAAUUGGAUGCUGCCUUAUCUCGCCCGGGUCAUUGCACGAUGACUCUCGUUGAUGACCUUAUAAACACCAGAGCCUCGAUAAGGAUUUACAUCGCGGUUUCUUUUCUUUUCAGUCAAACUAACAAAGUAUACGAAUAACUAUAAUACAUUUGACUACGACACACGCUUCUUCUAUUCACGCCUCUCGACUUUUUCAGGCCCUUCGUGGACCUCUCGUCGCCGGAGUUUUCCCCCGAUGGACCUGGCUAUCGUCGCUCCUCGCCCGCUUUCUCUCUUACGCUCGCCACAUUUUCUUAAAACUACGCUUGCUUAAAAUUACGAUACUACAAUAUAUUAUCCAUACAGCAAACUAUUGCAGACUAAACUAACAGUUGCGCUCGUUGGAAUUAUGAAUUACUUCCAGCGCUAACCAUAAAGAAAGGAAAAAUUCCUCGCGAAUGAAUUUAUCGAAUAGGCAAUACGAUACCAGCUAAAAUGUAUAAAAUUACGCCACGUUAUAUUUCCGUGACGGCGAACCGAACGUCAACCAGGCCGAAUUGAUUACUUAAACGUCAACGUUAUUUGAUAAUAAAUGUUUCACGUA